AUGGAGGGUCGCCGCGGCGCCGAGUGCGACCGGGCCUCCGAGACCUCCUCCGUCCUAGAGGAUGAAGAAGAGGAGGAGGAGGAGGAGGAGGAGGAGGUUGUGGAUCCCGAGGAAGCGGAGGAGCUGACUAACAGUUUAAAGGAUCUUAUCCAGAGUGAAGAUGUGAAACCCAAGCUGCAGUACAUCAUGACUAACCCCUCCUUUUCCAUGGUGACAGUUCAAAGUGAAGAUAGUGGAAUAACCUGGGAAACCAGCUCAAGCAGAUGUUCAACUCCCUGGACCUCAGAAACUAGUGCAACCUCUGAUCUUUAUAGUAUGGAAAGUUCACCAGUAGGUUCUCCUCCAGGAAAAGUUAUCUUUAUUAUGGAUGAAGGUAAGAUUAUUCGGAAGAGGAAGCGUCAGCCUUCAACUAGGGCGAUGAUGCCUGCAAAUCUGAAGGGAGGCCAGGGCAAUAAAAAACGUGACUUCUCUGGAAUGCAGAGGCAAGAACCAAGAAUGGUUCUAGCAGAUGUGCAGGGCUCAGUAUUAAAUGUUGAACAGAUGGAAGCACAAGAUACGGAUGAGGAAAUGUUAGAAGACCUAGAAGAUCUUGAAAACAUUGCGGGAGAGCCAGUAAAACGUGCUCCAAUCAGAUCAAUUUUUCGAGAAAGCAAACUGAGAAAAGUAGGGCCAAUCCUUGGCGGACCAGUAAAGUCUAGAAUCCAGCUAUUCAACUCAAUUUUUGGAGGAACUGGGCCCCCUCCUGAAACACUAGAAGAAAAAACUACAAUCCAGAGAUCUAGUUCAAUUUCAGGAGAAUCUGAACAUUUCCUUGAAACAUCAGUAAGAGAAAGAUUGCAGAAGUUCAGUUCGUUUUCAGAAGGAACACAUCCAAAACCUUUCCAGAAAGCAAGAAGUAGAACUCUUGACACACCAUCAGAGAGAAGGAGAGAGCAGAGACGGCAGCUCUCAUCGCAAGCAAAUCAAAGCUAUUCGUCACCUAUGGAGCCCCUUGGAAAACGGCUUCUCAGCAAAGACAACGUUUCAUCUAAAAACAUUAAACCCGCUCAGUUGAAAGAAAAACCUAGCAUAUAUUCAAGCUCUGGUGCAGAAAUAAGCCUUCAGCAUGAAGAAAGAAAAGAAAGGCCAUCUCUGGCUGAGACUCCAGGCCAGGUGUCAGGAUGGGCCCUGGAGUCCGGCCUUCCUGAAGAGGCAGCGAAGCAGCAGAGUUACCCUCACAGCCCUGUGGCCAAGGGAGCAGUAACACAGAGGUCAGCGGUCCUUCCAUUAGACCCUGGUGACAAACCAGAGGAACAAACGCUCCUUCUCCAAGCUGGGGCCCCAAACCAGAAACCAGAGCAACCACUGCUGCCUGUGCCCGCUCUCCUGCAUGAACUGAAGGCUCCGGGAGUUCAGCCACAGUCUGCUCCAGCAGAUUCUGCUGAGGAAUUAGAUGGACAAGCCCCGCUUCCAGCAUCUGUAUCAGAACAUCCUGAGAAAGAAAUUCAGAAGUCAGCAAUUCAGUCUUACUUACCUAGUGCUCCAUCAGCUAAAUCCAAAUAUUCUGUGCUAUCCAAAGCAACAGAGGAGGACGUGACUCCUCCAUCAUCCAAAACUGCACAGUCAGAAGCUGAGCGUGUGUUUUUGUCACAAUCUGGAAAUGAAGCAGAGCAACAAGAAACUGAGUGUCAGUUAUCAGCAACUGCAAAGUCAGAAACUGAGUACUCAGAUUUGCCCUAUUCUGCUAAAAAAAGAGAGAAACAAAAGAUCUCAGUACCAGAGACCCCAGAUGUUCAUUUAGAGAAGCAAAAGUCUGAAAAACAAGACUCUCCCUGCUUCAUUCAGGAAGCAGAGGAGCAAGAAAUUGAACCAUAUUCACAUAUUCCUGAAAAAACAGAGUCGAAAUAUUUUGGCAUUUCAUAUCCUGUUCAUGCAGAAACAGAGGAAAUUCAGAACUCUUCACCUGUAAGUACAGCAGUAGCUUUGGAUCACCCCGUGAGUUUCCCUGCACAAAGUGAGCAAACAGAUGGUGUGCAACUGGAAACAGCCCAGGCAGGUUCCUCAUGCACUGCUGAAGUAAAUGAGGAAUCAGAGAGACCACAGAUGGAGCCAGAGCAUCCGGACUUCUCUUUUUCCAGAGAAGAAAUAGAGGAAUCAGAGAGUGCACAGCUGGAGAUGGAACAUCCAGACUUCUCAUAUUCCAGGGAGAAAACGGAGGACUUGGAGAGUGCACAGCCAGAUUUGGAGUGUCCAGAUUUCUCAUAUUCCACAGAAGAACUGAUGGAAUCGGAAAAUGUGCAACUGGAGAUGAAGCAUCCAGAUUUCUCCUAUUCCAAGGAAGAAAUGGUUGAAUCGGAGGGUGCACAGCUGGAGACAGAACAUCUAGAUUUCUCAUAUUCCAGGGAAGAAAUGGUUGAAUUAGAGGGUGCACAGCCAGAGAUGGAGCAUCUGGAUUCUUCAUAUUCCAGAGAAGAAAGAGAGGAAUUGGAGAGAGCACAACUGCAGAGAGAUCAGCCAGACUUUUCCUAUUCCAGGGAAGAAAUAGUGGCAUCAGAGAGGGCACAGCUGGACACAGAGCAUGUAGAUGUUUCCUUUCCCAGGGAAGAAAGGGAGGAAUUGCAGGGUGCACCACCGGGGAAAGAACAUUCAGAUUUCUCGCAUUCCAAGGAAGAAAUGGUAGAAUGGGAGGAUAUGCAGCGGCACAGGGAGCAUCCAGUUUCCUCAUAUGCAAGAGAAGAAAUGGUGGAAUUGGAGGAUGCUCCUCUGGGGACAGAGCGUCCAGAUUUUUCAUCUUCUAGGGAAGAAAUAGAUAAAUGGGAGAGUUCACAGGUUGGAGCUGGGCACGCGGACUAUUCCAGGGAAGAAACAGAGAAACAAAAAUCUGUUCCUUUGGAGCUGGAACAUCCAAAGCUAUCUUAUUCUCACAAGGAAGCAAAGCAACAAGAAGCAGCACAGCUCAUACUGGGUCCUUCACAUUCAUCAAGAUCAAUGGAAAAAGGAGAGAAAGGGAAGACUACUGGACCUGAAUUGGUGUGUGCAUCUGAUGUACCUGAUUCCACUGGAAGAGCUGAGACACAGCAAACUGGGUACCUGGGAUCAGAACAUUCAGAUUUACCAUGUCCUACAAAUCAAAGAAAGCUGCAAAAAAUGGCACAAGUAGAUUUGGACAAUUCUCAUUUGUCAGAUAUUCCUGUCAAAGUAGAGCACCCACAGUCUGUGCAGCAGGUUUCACAGUAUGGAGAUGAGCUGUAUUCCCUCGGCAAGGCAGGGGAAGGAGAAACUAUUCAACUGCAGUCAGAGCAUCUAGAUUCUUCCUACUCUCCUGUGAAAGAAAGGCAACACAGAACUUCACAGCUGACCCCGCAACAAGCAGAUGCAUCAUAUUCCACAGGCAGAACAGACCAACAAGAAAUGUUACAACCCAAGUCAGAACAAGCACAUUCACCGUCUUCCUGUGGAGAAGCAGCACAAGAAGCUGUGCAACAAGAUUUAGAAGGUCCUGAACUGUCACAUGUCAUUAGCAAAGCAGAGCAACACACAAAAGUGUCAUUAGAUUCAGAGAAUCUUCCUGUGGCGUUUACUGCUGGAGAAGCAAUGCGGGAAGGAAUGGAGUCAGGAUCUUCAGACUCCAUGCGUCCCACCAGGAAAGCGAAGCCCUGGGAAGUGGCACCAGCAGAGCGGAAGCCUUCGCCUCCCUUCUCCUCCACUGCAGAUGGUCAGCAGCAGGAAGGGACACCACUGCAUUUGUCACAACCCACAUUGCUCUCCUCUGGCAAAAUGGAACAAAAAGUAGUGCGACAAGAGCUGGAACAACAGAAAACACCCCAGCACAAAGCUGCAGAAAUGGGACUGGAACAUUCAGAUUUGCCAGAAACCUAUGGGAAAGGAGAGCCCUGGGAAGUGGAGCAAAUGGGUUUGGCCCAGUCAUAUUACUGUGACCAAGGAGGACCACAAGAAAUGGCUCAACCAGAGCUAGGACAUCUGCCUUUGUCAUAUUCUCAUGGGCAAGGAGGAGAAAUAGAGAUGGAGCUAGAGUGUCCAGAAUGGGCAUUUUCCACAAGUACAGAAAUGCAGGAGGAAAUGAUAGAGCAGAAAUCAAAGCAGCCAGAUUUUUCACACACUGCUGGCAAAAUGGAGCUGCAAGAAAUAAUACCUCCAGAGCAGGAGCAAACAUUUUUACCAUUUUCUACUGAAAGAAUGGCAGCACAGGAAAUAGAAAUGAGGCCAGAAUAUCCAGAUUUGUCAUGUUCCUUUGACAAAGCAGAACAAGAGAUGUUGAGGCACCCAACUUUACCCUUUAGUUCAAAGCAACGCAGAAGUGCACCAUUGAAAGUUGAACAUCCAAGUUUUGCACCUGACAUUGAUGAAACAAAACCAGGAGACACUGUGCAGUGGGGAUUAGGACACCCAGAGCUGUCAUAUUCUGUAGGAAAAUCACAGCAAGAGUCAGAACUUCAAAGUUCACUAGAAACUCUGGAUGAAGCAGCCCAAGAUGAAGCUACGCAAGUGGAAUCUAAAUAUCCAAAAUUGUCAUGUUCUGUUGGCCAGAUAGACCAACAAGAAACUUCACCAUUGAAUUCAAAAUAUCCAGAUUUAUCGCAUGCCAAAGAACAAGCCGCUGCUCUAGAGUCUGAGUCAAAGCACCAAGACUUGCCUAAAGUGACCAGGAAAAGGGCUCCACCAGCAACUGCAAAAACAGAAUCAAAGCAUCCCAGUUUGGCAAGCUCUGUUAGCAAAGCAGAGCAGGCAGAAAUUGCACCACAGGAAAUGAAACACCCUGAUUUGUCACAUUCCAGUGAUGAACAAAACCAACAAGAAACGUUACCAUCGGAUGAGAUGCAUAGCGAGUUUCCUAUUGACAAAGGAAUGUGGCAGCAAAACACAAAACAACAGUUAGAGCAAACAAAGUUUUCAUAUUUUGCUGGCAAAUCAGAGCAAUUAAAACAUGCCCAACAGGACUUGGAACAGCCAGAUUUAUCACUUCCCAUUGAUGAGCCAAACUAUGAAAUGGUCCAGUCAGAAAUGGAACAUGCUGAUGUGAUAUAUCCUCCUGACAUAACAGAGGUGCAGCAAGAAGUGCAACUAGAAUUAGAGCAAACAGAUUUAACUUACCCCUUUGGAAAAACAGAACCCAAAACAGUGGAGCCAGAAAUGGAACAUCCCGAUUCGGCACUUUCUGUGGGUGCAGUAGAAGAGGAGGACAUGGCCCAGAUAAAGUUGGGACAACCUGAUAUGUCUUAUCCUGUUUCUGAAACAGGAGCACAGCAAACUGCACAGUUGAAAUCCAAACGCCCAGGUCUAGCAUAUUUUACAGACCAAGUGCAGGAAAGCACCCAGCCGAGGGUGGCACAACCAGGAGUAUCAUAUGCCCAUGACAAAACAGGACAGUGUCCACCUACCCAACUGGAACUGGGCCAAGCACACUUGUCAUCCUCCACUGAUGAAGGAAGAUGGCCAGAGAGGUCGCACAUAGUCCUGGGGCACCCUGAGACAAGGCAUUCUGUGAGGGCAGCAGAGCAUCCACGGGCUGGCAAACUAGGAGGUCCAGACGUCUUAUCUGAUGGUGAAAAAGCAGAGCAGAAAGGAAUGUCGGAACUAGAGCUGAAACACCCUGAUCUGACAUAUUCCAUUGAUAAAACACAGCCACAAGUUGCUACGCAGCUGAGCUUAGGAAAGCCAGAUCUCUUAUCUUCGCCUAGGAAAGCAGAGCAACCACUUGCUGCUCAAGAGAAACUGGAGCAGUUGGGCUUUGUCCAUUCUUUCAGCAAAGCUGCUCAGCAAGAGAAAGCCCAGCUAGGACUGGAACAUCCACAGUCGUCUUAUUCUGUUCACAAAGCAGAACAAAAAGCUGCAUAUGAAAAAUUAAACCGCUCAGAUUUAUCAUAUGCUAUUGGCAAAUUGGAGCAGCAUGAAGUCAUACAAACAGAAGGAGAACAAAUGGAUUUGUCAUGGCCAAUUGGUGAAAUGCAGCAGCCACAAAUUGCUCGGAUGGAUUUGGGAUAUCCAGAUUUAUCAUGUUCCACUGGAACAGUACCGCAAUGGGAAAAAGAUCAACCAGAGCUGCAGCAGCCGGGAGCUUAUUCAUCAUCUCAUGACAAAGAACAGCAAAGGGAAAGGGCAGCAAUGCACUCAGGUGACCCCGAGUUGCAGCACUCUGUUGAGGAAGCAGCAGGAUUACGAACACCACAGGUGAAAUCCGAAUAUGCAGAUUUGUCAUUGUCUGUGGACACAGCAGGACCUCAUGAGAUGACACAAUCAGAGUUGAAAGAACAUGAUUUGUUGCAUUCUUGUGUCAAAACAAAGGGAUCACAGGCUGCCCCACUGGAGUCUGAAUAUCCAGACUUCUCGGAUUCCUUGGGCAAAGUAGAGCAUCCUGAUUCGUCCUCUUCCAUUAGUAAAGGAAAGCAAAUUGCACGUCUGGAGUUCAGAUUGGAGCCAAUGUUGCCGUGUUCCCAAAGCAAAACAGAGCAGCCCAGCAGUGCCCAAAUGGAAGUGAAAGCCCAGGAUUUCUUGUAUUCCCCUGACAGAAUGGAGCAACAAGAAAUGGCAGAACAAGUGUUGGAGCAUCCUGAUUUACCAUAUUCACAGGUGAACUUGGAACAACCAGUUUUAUCCCAUUCCCUUGGCAAAGAACAACAGGAACCUGCGCAAUCAGCAUCCCUGUAUUCCCAUGUUUCAUACUCCAUAGGGAAAGCAGAACAAUUUCCAGGGAAACAGCCCAAAUCAAGAUGUCCAGAUUUGUCAUAUUCUCUUGGCAAAGCAGAGACUCAUGGAAAGAAACAACCAGAGUUACUGUAUUCCUAUGGUGAAAUGGAGCAGCCACAGAUGGAGUUGGAGCAAGCAGAGAUGCCACUGUCUGCAGAAGAGGAGAGGAGGGAGGGCACACAACCUCAACUUCAAUGUGCUGAUUUGCAGUGCUCUCCUAGUGAAAUGGAACAACCAGAAACUCCUUCUGGCUUUUAUGCCUUUGGCAGCAUCGAGGAGCAGGAAACUGCACAACCGGAGCCUGAACAAUCAGAUUUACCAAGUUCUACUGACAAAGCAGAACAGCGGGAAGCUGCCCUGCUGAGAGCAGGGCACUCAGAGAAGCAGGACUCUGAGAUUGCUUCAUCUCUAAGUACUCCUUUGGAAACUGAACAGCCAGAUUUACCCUUUUAUGCUGAGGAAACAGAGAGUCGGAAAAUGCAAUCUUAUUCAUCUCCUCCUGAGCAAUCGGUGUCUGUUCCUUUAAGUGUUUCACACACUGUUUCUGAAAUUAAAAUGGGAGGAAGUCAGAAGUUUUCACCUGUAGCUGCAGGCCUGCCCCCCAAGCACUCAGAUUUAUCUUAUACACACUGUAAAACACAACAGUCAGAACCGAUACAACCUCCGACAGCUUUCUUUUUGGCAAAGAAUAACAAAAUUGAUGUACAUUCGGCUAUGGCUGUACAGUCAGAAACUAAACCUGCAGUUUUAGCUGAAGCAGGGAGAGAGCAAACUCCACACUACUUUCACACAGCUACACAACUGGAAUCUGAAAAAUUAAGUCCAUUGCAUUCUAUAGAUAAAGCAGAAACCCUAGAAAAUCAAGUUUAUUUAACUGUACCUUCAGAACUGGAGUCUGAACCCUUAGUUCCAUUCGAUUCAGUUGAUGAAACAUAUCAGGAAGAAAAUCCAUCUUAUUCAAAAGCUGCCUCUGAAUAUUUGGUUCCUACCUACUCUCUUGCUGAAGAAGAAAAGCAAGACAUGGAGCCAUUUAUUCCCCAAACAGCACAAUCAGAGUAUAAACAUAUAAUUGCGCAACAUGAUGAAACAGAACUGCCACAAAUUCCACUUUAUUCAUCUAAAAGAGCAAGAUCAAAGAGUGCACAAUCAGAGAGAAUAUCUCUAGAGCACGGAGCAGACCAAGGCAAGGAAGAGGCUCAAGAUCGGUCAUUGGACACAGAAUAUUUUUCAUCAAAACAGCUAAGAAUUCCCUCCAAAUUUACUGCUGAACAGGAUGAGCAAGAAAUGCCACCUGAUGUGCAGCAAGUGACAAAGGUGGUGACCGCAGAGUCAAAGGCAGCUGCUGUAGCAGACCAGCAGGCACUGUCAUCAGAUUCAUUUGUGCCUGUUCAUACGUUGCCUGAAAAGUCAAUGUCACUGCUUUUUGCUGAUGACGAAGAGAAACAAAAUAUUCCAUUGUCUUUAUCAGGCAUAGUGGGCAUGCUUGGAAAGCAAUCAAAAAUCAUUUCGAGCAGCUAUAAUGAAGAAAAGGAUAGGCACGAAACACAGCCGUACUUUACAGAUCAAGAAUUCACAUCCUCAGAGCAACCAGGGGCUGGUACAUCAGAUCUUAUUUAUGGGAGUGUUACACACAAACCUCAGCGUUUUUCUGGUGAAGGGGGCAGCUUUUCUACAGCAGAGUUGAAGUCCAUUAGCUGCAUUUCUUCUGAUGAAAAGCAGCAUCCAGAUGUUCCAUUGUCUUCUUUUGGGCUAGCUAGCUGCCUCACAGGAGAGGUGAAAACUCACUCAGUUAGUUCAAUAAGAGCUGCAGAAGUAGAUAAGCAAGGAGCUCAGUUUUCUUCAAAUGAAGCUUCUGAUAUUAGAUCAAAACAAAUCCCAGCUGAAAGUUGCAAAGAACUUACACUUCACAGUACUAUGAAGAAUAAGCUAGAUAUAAGCAGAGAUUCUGAUGAAGCGUCACAUGAAAUUUCCCACAGAUUGUCCUCAGAAACUACUCACAGAAUUGAAAGGCAUGAUUUACAAUCUCCGGAAAGAGCUAAUCCAGGUCCAGAAAAAGUUCCAAAGAAAGAAACUAGCAUUGGAAACCCUACAGAAGUGGAAGCAGUGCAGUAUCCGGAUGUAGACAAAAUACAGAAAGUGCCUGAGCAUCACCUGGGAAGAAAAGAAGUAGAAAUAGAGCAUGUGAGAGCUGUAGAAGAUAGCCAACACGCUCCAGAGCCAACUGAACAAAAAGAUCUAUUUAAUAUAAUUUCAGAAGGUUAUGAAAUCCUGAAUAUUCAUGCUCCCAUGCAUAUUUCUUCUGUUGAUGAAGAAGAAAGUCAACACAUGCCUGAUAAACUGGAAUACUUGGAAACAAAUCCUUUAUUUAAGAGAAAAUUAGCAGGUGAUGGCCACAGAGCCUUAGCUUCUGGAGCAACAAUAGAAACUUCAGAAAGCUCAGUACUGGAAAACCCUGGAAGCAAGAAGGACAAAGUAGAAGAAUUGGUCAAAGAUGCUACUACUGAGGAAACUGGAGAACCAGAAACAGAUGAGUCCACAUUGCCAGAAAAUAAGAACGACACAGUGUUGGACCCUGAUAACGGUAUGGCUGAUAUGGAUUAUUUUGAAAAAUAUACCUUGAUUGAUGACAGAUCUCCAAUUAAGCCAACUUUUGAGAGACCAAGUUCUUUAGUUUCAGUGACAGAAAAUCCUAAUGAACUUGAAGAAGAAGACCCAUCUUUUAAAGAAAGCUCUGAGGCAAAUACUUUGGAAGAGGAUUUUUCCUUACUUGAGGAUCUGGAUGAAGUCUUUUAUGGUACCAUAACAGGUGAAAGCACAGAUUCUUAUGCAAGUGUUUCAAAACUUCUACCAGCACAAAAAUCAAUUGAAAUAAACAGUAAAAAAGUUACAAACAUAGAAGAUGAACGGAAGUCACCAGGGACCCCGCUCUUUGAUUCAGAAGAAGGAGUGUUAGAGCGAUCUCUGCUGUUCCCUACCAGUGUUGCUACAGUUAAUCCAGAGCUCCUAGAGGAGCCGCCUGCUCUGUCAUUUUUGUACAAGGACCUCUACUCAGAAGCAGUGGGAGUGAAGACAAAGGAGGAAACUCCUUCUGAUGAGGAAAGUGGUAAUUCUAAUGCAUCGUUUCCUAGUAGAAAUUCAGACACGGAUGAUGGAACUGGAAUAUAUUUUGAAAAAUACAUUCUUAAAGAUGAAAUUCCUGUUAAGGCCAUAGACCAGCCUCCAAAGGAUGAGAUACCAGAAUAUCUACCUGUUAGUGGAGAUAUUUCAGAUCAGAGCUUAGAGGAUAAACACGAGCAGUGGCCUAGUGAUGUUUCUGAUAUCAGAACUGAUGUCCUGCCAGACUGGGGAGUUGUGGAGAGAGAAAAAGUACAGGUUGACAGUGACAUUAAAGCAACAAUUUGUAAACCAACCCAUGCCAUUCCUUUUGGAAGCCAAGUAAAUCUUUUAGGUGCAAGAAGUGCUACCAGUGAGCAAAGAGAAGAGGAAAACAUACCUGUAGAAACAACAGAAGAAUUACCAGAAGCAGCUGCCCACCACGUGUAUAGGCAAAGACUAGAUUAUCAGGGAGCUGCACAUCAAGAAGCAGCCAAUAAGCAGGAAGAACAACAUGAAAAAGCAACUGUUCAUCAAAUGGAAAAAUACAUCCCACAUGUGAGAACACCAGUUGAAGACAGUGAAGAUGAUCAAUAUGCCCAGGCAGAUCUUCCACAUGUCCCAAGCACUGAGCCAACAGAGAAGCCAGGCACGCAAAGAGAGGAGCAGCGCCCAGAUAUUUGUGAAGAUCUUGCUGAGGCAAUGGACUAUGAUGUGAUUACUCAAGAGGAACUUCUACAAGAUGAAAUAUCCUCUGAACUGGCACACGAGGAGCUAUUAUUUGAAGACAGGGACUCUUUUGAGCAUAUUGGUGACAGUUAUGAAUUCAUUGAGGAGCCAGAGCAAAGAACACCUGCUGAACUUGAAGAUUCAGGCUUUGUCGUGAUGCAUCCUGAAAAAUCACCGACAAACAUACCUCAAGUUGAGAGUCCCCAAAGAGAACUGAAGAAAGCACAAGUAGAUACCUAUUGUUACCACUGCAAAUCUCCGAUAUCUGCUAUUGAUAAGCUUUUUGGAGAACACAAAGACCACGAAGUCACAACACUAAGUGCUGCUGCUACCAAGAUGAAGGAUCAAUUAGAUGAAUUGCUAAUGGCAUUGGAAGAAAAGUCAAUGAAGAUUGAAAAGUUCGUGAGUGAAAUUGAAUCUCUAUUUAACUCUGUUGAGGAAAACUCUAAGAAAAAUGCAGAGUUACUGGAAAAGCAGAAUGAAGACAUGAUUAAGAAAGUGGUAGCACAAUAUGAUGAGAAAUCAGAGAAUUUUGAGGAAGUGAAGAAGAUGAAAAUGGAAUACCUGUAUGAACAGAUGGUUAACUUUCAACAGACUGUUGAUUCAGCAAAAGAAACCUUGGAGACAACAGUGAAGGAAAUAGAAGAACUUGAUGGAUUUGUUUUCUUAAAUUCAUCUAAAGAACUGAAUAAAAGGUUACUUUCCGCAAUGGAUACUACUCUCUCCUUGGAAAAGGUGCCCAGUUCAUUUUCACUUUUUGAACACUAUGCAGACAGCCCGGGAAAGAGUGACCAGCACCCCUUAAAUCGCGUGGCUGUUCCACAGACUCCAACUCUGAUAGCUCAAGAACCAAACUCGGCCACGAGUACCUCCAUCGCAGUCUACUGGACUGUGCACGAAGGGGAUGCCAUCGACUGCUUCCAGGUCUACUGUAUGGAGGAGCCUCAAGCUAGCAGAGACCAAAGCGCUUUGGUGGAAGAAUAUAGAGUGACGGUGAAAGAGAGCCACUGCAUUCUGGAGGACCUGGAGCCAGAUCGCUGCUACAGUGUGUGGGUCAUGGCUGUGAACUGCACGGGAUGUAGCUUACCCAGUGAAAAAUCCAUUUUUCAAACAGCGCCCGCCGUGCCCGUGCUGAGGGCCGAGGAGAGCAGCGUGUGCUGGGACACGGCCACGGUGCGCUGGCGCGCCAGCCCGCGCGCGCCGGCCUCCUUCACGCUGGAGUACUGCCCGCAGUAUUCGCCCGAGGGAGAGGGCCUCAGAUCUUUUGCAGGAAUAAAGAAACCUGAACUGAAAGUAUCCCUGGAGCCCAAUGUGAACUAUUUCUUCUACCUGAGGGCUGUCAACGCAUUUGGGGCAAGUGAACAGAGUGAAGCUGCUCUUAUCUCGACUAAAGGAACUAGAUUCCACCUCCUGCGUGACACGGCUCACCCUGCUUUGCAGCUCUCCUCCGACGGCACCGUCAUGCACCUUCCCGAGGCAGCCUGGUUCACAGGAUUUCCUUCAGUUCUGGGUGAACUGCUGCCUGCUCGGGGCUGUCAUUACUGGGAAACCGUUGUGUCUGCCUGCAGAAGCUACAGGAUUGGAAUUUGCUCUGAGGCUACAUCACAGAGUGACGUCCUGGGGCUGAAUGGUACUUCUUGGUUCAUGCGCUGCUGUCCUGCACAAACCAGUUUUCUUUACAGAUUCCUUCACACCAGCAUACUGAGCGAUGUCCAGGUGACAGAACAGCCCGCCAGGAUCGGCAUCCUUUUGGAUUAUAGCGGCGGCAGACUGUUGUUCUUCGAUGCAGAGAGAGGACUGGUGUUGUGCACCAUCAGGCACAAAUUUACGGAUGCUGCUCAUCCAGCCUUUGCUCUGGAGAAGGCUGGAGUACUCACCCUGCGCACGGGAAUGGAGCUGCCCGAGUUUGUGAAGCACAGCUAAUCCC